AUGGGUAGCAAAUUCGGCAAAGAAGGUGAGGACACGCCAAUCCCACCCAAGGAUCCACUGGUCACAACCGUCAUUCUCGAGGACGGAUACAGCGUCGUCGCCCCAGGCGACAUGUACCGGAUGAGCGAGUGCGCCCCGGGUCGUCGUGAGCCCAGUUCCCCCGGCUUGCACAAUCUGCACGAGUCCGUCAUAGCCCGCACUCUAGACCCACCUGUUGACUUCGAUUCUCACCCGGAGCCAAGGCGCCGCGCGAUGCUCUGGGACCACGCUGCGGAGGCAACUCGGCAUGCCCUUCGCAAUGUUCCGGCCGGAUCUCAUAUUAAUGCAUGUGCUAACAGUGGUCCCCAUAACACCAAGCUUGAAAGCCAAUCCCCGUGGACUACAGUACCGGGUGCCUCGGCUGGGCUGCUUUACGUAGCUACCUUCCGAGACCGUAGGAGCAUCCACCCAGCCUGGCGCCAAAUCGCAGUCCCUAUUCGUCCAGACGAGGGUCGUCUACUAGCCAGUGUCCGGUUACUCCCUGCUGUGACUGGUGGACGAAGCGACCUGGCCUUUACGGUCACCAACUUGACCAACCCCACAGUCGCUCUCCAAAACAUGAACAUCGUUAAGGACAACCCAUCGCUUCGCUACGGCGCUGUUGCAAACUCGUGGAAGCCGACGAACCUAGGGUGCUGGUUCCACCACGGUGCCAUGUGGGAAAACGAGUACGAUACUUUCCGGGCGAGUUUCGCGUGGGAUGGUGACCUCUACGGGUGGGACGAGGCGAUGCUGCUUACUCGCAAGCCGAUUGUAGUGAUAACGGAGGAAAGGCCGGAGUGGCGCUCCGUCUACUGGUACUCUGAGACUGUCCUAAAGGAUGUAACUUGGCUCCGAGGGGCGGAAAAAGACGGGAUCUUGCACGGCGGAUUGCAGGAAACAACCAAGCGGGAGGAUGUAGUGAGGUGGGACAGGGAAGGUAUACCGGGAGGAAGGUAUAACUGAAGGCGUUGGGUAGGAAGUCGAGUUUCAG